UUCAGAAAUGUAAGAGAAAGAUAGAGACAGAGAGGUAGCGUCACGCCCGAGGGUUAAACGUGUGCAUACACCAGUCUCGAAGCGUCCAGCUGAUCGCGGUGACUUCGUCAACGUGAUAACAAAGUGACGAACAUGUUACUUGCAUUUAUAAUCAUUCGCGAGUGAAGAAAAGAAAAUAAUAAACAUUAAUAAGACAAACGAAAAAUAAACCAAAAGAAAGAGAAAUAACAAUUAAACAAUUUAAUCAUCAAAUGAGACAAUAUUAUCAAAAUGACACGGUGAUAAUCGAAAUUCGAUUAUUCGUUAAUUUAACAUAAUAUGCAUUGCAAUAAUUUUAUUAUGAAUUUUUUUGUUAUCUAAAGCACAUAUUACACAUACACAAAAACACAAACACAAACAUGUAUUAUUAUUAACGGGUAUAUAUGAAGAGUUAAAGUUUUAGUGAAAUUCUGUUAUUCGUUCUCAUCGGUGAUCUCGUAAAAAGACUAACACAUGUUAUACGAUACUCAAUACGAUAUUUAUUGGCUGCUACGGAAAAACAACAGGCAGCUCAAUAACUACGACAAAUUCGUACAAUGGCCAGCGAAAGGAUAUCGGGUCGAUACAGAACAUCAUUACCAGUUCCUGGACACUCAGAGGUAAAUCUCUGCUCAGUGUUGUCACUGGGCAAGGACCUUAGUAAAAUCACAAUGCCGGUUAUAUUCAACGAGCCACUUUCCUUCCUUCAACGAGUAGCAGAAUACAUGGAAUAUGCUAAAUUGUUGAAACUGGCGUCAGCUGAACAGACACCUGUAGGCAGAUUACAAUACGUAGCUGCAUUUGCCGUAAGCGCAUUGGCCUCUAAUUGGGAACGUCUUGGAAAACCAUUUAAUCCGUUGCUUGGUGAAACCUACGAAUUAACUCGAGAUGAUUUUAGAAUAGUAUGUGAACAAGUUUCUCAUCAUCCACCAGUAUCGGCGUUUCAUGCUGACAGCGAAGAUUUCGUUUUUCACGGUAGCAUACACCCUAAAUUAAAAUUCUGGGGUAAAUCGAUAGAAGUACAUCCAAAGGGUAUCGUCACAGUCGAAUUACCAAAAUGGAAGGAAGCAUAUACUUGGCAAAAUGUUAAUUGUAUACUCCACAACGUAUUGGUUGGCCAACUUUGGAUGGAACAAUUGGGAUCACUUGAGAUUAAGCAAUGUGGAGGAGCAAACUUGAAAGCUUUGUUAACUUUCAAAAGUGGAAGUUGGAAUGGCAAGGAUUUACAUCGUGUCGAGGGAUUCAUAACGAAUCAAGACAAAAGAAAGUUGGUAUAUUUGUACGGGAAGUGGACGGAAAAAUUGUAUGCCUGUGAUCCAUCUUUGUACGAGGAUGCACUUGAAAAAUUAAAGAGGGAUGCUAAAAGUCCUCAAGGUAGUCCAGGUCAUAAAAAAGUUCUAGCUAAACUUCACAGCCUUAAAGUUGGAGCUUUCAAACCAUCUCAUCAGGAUGCAAUCGAAGAAUCAUCUACAAGUAUAGAUGGUGAAGAUACACCAAUGAUCGACGAAAUACCAAAUUCCACGACACUAUGGGAAGCUUCACCGAGACCUCCGAAUAGUUCUAAUUACUUCCAAUUUACUACAUUCGCGAUGUCCCUGAACGAGAUAGAAGCAGGCAUGAAGAAAGAUUUAUGUCCAACCGAUUCGAGAUUAAGACCUGACAUUAGAAAAUUAGAAAAUGGGGAUCAGGAUGGUGCAGAUUCUGAAAAAGCAAGGCUUGAGGAAAAACAACGUGAUACUAGAAAAAUGAGGAAACAAAAGAAAGGACAAGAAUGGACACCCAAAUGGUUUAGAUGGACAGUUAAUCCUCACACAGGACAAGACGAUUGGUUAUAUAAAGGCGGUUAUUGGGAACGUAAUUACACUGACAUCGAAGAUAUAUUUUAAUGAAUAUUAGAAAAAUGAUAUCGACGAUAAAUAAAAACUAGGCCAUGUAUCAAAAACCAAAACGUGUUGCAUUGAUGCGUUAGUUGUUGAGGAAAAUUUUGUUGUUGUUUCUUUACUCAGAAAAAAACAAAAUGAUUGAUCUUGAUAUUAUCUGAGUGAAAAGAUUCGUUGAAAAUCAUCAGCCAGAUUAAAAAACAAAAAAAGCAAAUAUAAAACGGCUGGUACGUGUAUGUACGUGUGAUUAGAUCAUAAUUCUAGACAAAGAAAUAAAAAAAAAAA